GAGCGCGGGACGGCCGCGCGGCCCGCGCUAUUUUUGGUCAGGAACGCGCAGCGCCGAGCGGUGGGGGGGGGGGCGACGCGGCCACGCGCCGCCACCCGCCGCUCACUCUCCCGCGGCGCCCUCGGGCUCCGAGCUCCGCGGCUCCCGCAGGUGCACGGAGCCGACGCUGGUCGCGCACGCGGAGUCGCGGCACGAGGCAGGAGUUUGGGGGGGCAACAACGGCAGCAGGAGCUGCGGAAUCUGGGCCCCCCGGGCGCCCCGCCGCAUCUCGUCGCGUCCGUGGUUUCGCCCAUUGUUUGGUGCCGGAAAUAUCCAGGACAAGUCAAUUACGCGGGCCGGGGAAGCAGGGGGAACGCGGCGCGGAGAGCGCGGCGCGCGUGUUUAUUUCCGUCCCGGGAGAGGGCGCGCGAUAAGCAUCGCCCCGCCCCGCCCGGCCGCGCGCGGGGAGACAAACACGGGCGGCAGCGCGGCCGCGCGGACACUGACGCCAGCGCGGCCCGCCGAGCGGAUCGCGACGCGGGCAUGAGGUGAGAAGCGCCCGGCAGAGGAAGAGGCUCAUGGAGGCGCGCGAGUUGGCCGUGGCCUUGGCAGGAGCCGUCGUGGCCGGGGCCGGAGCGCCGCCGCUCAUCGCCGUCGCCUCCGCCGCGUCGCCGACGCGCUCCCUCGUCGUCUCUCCGGGGAGCAGCGCGGACGGGUCUCGCCCGUCGCUCCUGGCCCCCGCAGCAGCAGCAGCAGCAGCAGCAGCAGCAGCAGCGUCGUGCGGCAGCGGCGGCGGCGGCGGUGGCGGAAGAGGAUGUGGCGAUGACAGCAGCGGCGGUGGUUGCAGCAGCAACAGCAGCAGCGGCAGCGGCGCGAGCAGCCCUGGAGGGCCCGAGGUCCCGUGCGGCGGCGGCGGCGGCGAGAGCGGCGAGGGCAGAGAGGGCAGCGAGGGCAGAGAGGGCAGCGAGGGCCCGCCGCGCCUGGAGCCCCAGAGCGGAUGCAGCCCCGCGCCGCGCGCCGCGCACGCCCCAGUGCUGCGCUUGGAACUGGGGCCCGCGUGCCCCACGGGACCGCUCGGUUCCCUGGGUCCCCUGGGUCCCCUCGGGCCCCUGGGGGCGUCGUGCCCGCCCCGCGCCGAGCCCCGCAGCGGCUACGCGUCUCCGUCUCCCGUGGAGAACACCCCGGCGCACAACGAGUGUCGCCUGGUGGAGGUGCACGGGGCGCGCGUGGCCGCCUUCACGGUGCACGGCCAGGAGAUGCUGUGCCUGCCGCAGGCGUUCGAGCUCUUCCUCAAGACGCUGGUGGGGGGGCUGCACACCGUCUACACGAAGCUCAAGCGCCUGCACAUCGCGCCGCUCGUGUGCAACGUGGAGCAGGUGCGGGUGCUGCGCGGACUCGGAGCCAUCCAGCCCGGCGUGAACCGCUGCAAGCUGCUGUCGCGCCGCGACUUCGAGACCCUCUACCGCGACUGCACGAGCGCCAGCACUGCUGAGAAUUCGGACGCGAGGCACAGGAGGGAGCUACGGGUGGAGGGGCUGUGGAUGGGAGAAGCGGGGAGGGCGCAUGGGAUGAAGGAGUCGGGGGCCAUCGCGGUCCGUCCGUGCACGGGAACGCGCGCCGCGCGUUCAUCUGCGCGCUCCUCUCGGUUCCGCUCGGGCUCCGCGGCGCGCGCGCGCUCCGUGAGACGCAUGCUCGACCUCUCCCUGGGGCCCCGCUCCCCUGGGGCUCCCAGCGAGAGGAGGGACCAGGGCCCCCCAGGACACGGAGCGGGGUCCGAACGGGAGGAGCAGCUCCUGGAGGCGGGGUCCCUGUCGACUGUGAAUGGUACCGGAAGGACCCAGUUCCUGCCCUCCCCAGGUCUCCCGCACGCGCUCUGCUGCUCCACGUCGGAGCUGCUCUCCAACAUCCAGGCUCUGCUGAAGGUCGCCAUGGAGACGAACCGCGCGCAGGAGCGGCAGGUCCUGGCCGAGCUGGAGGAGACGCGCAUGGAGCUGCUGAGGGAGCGCGAGCGCAGGGAGGGGGCGGAGAGGCAGCUCCACGCAGAGACGGCGGCGCGCGAGAUGCUGCAGAAGCGCGUGCGUCGCGAGAGGCGCGCGCGCCGCCGCCUCGCCGAGGGGCUCGAGGCGGAGCGCGCUCGCCGCGAGCACCUCGAGCGCCUCGCGCUGCAGCGCGCCAGCUCCACGGAGAGCGUGCACGCGGCACUCCACGACAUCGGCGCCUACCAGGAGACACUGGACGAGGACGAAGGCGCUCACCCCGACCCGGAGCAGACGAUGCAGGCAGAGUCGAAACUCUACUACAAGAAGUGGCGAGUGGAGAGCCCCGCCACUCCCCCGUCCUGACCCCGCACGGGACUCCCCUCCAGACUCCCCCCCACCCCCACCCCACCCUCCCGUACCUCCCCGCGAGCCGUGCGCUACCGAGAGGAGCCACCCUGGGCGAACAUUCAAGACGCAACCAUUCCGCAGCAGCAGCAUGAUGAUGGACACACACACAACGCACGGCCUCUCCUGGCGCCUGCGUGGGUGUGGCUAACGGGGGUUGGGUGGGGGGCAUUGGGGGGCAGUGGGGGGUCUGCGUGUGAGAGACUCGGGGGAGAUGACGAGGAGCGCGUGGGAUUGCAAGACUCCAGGAUGGGAAAGAUGUAGGUGCAGGGGGCCUUCACGGCGGGAGACCCAAAGGUUGCAAGACGCGGAACCGGGAGACUUGGAGAUUGGAAACUCGAGGAUGCCAGGGGACGCCGGGAGCACGGCGGGGCUGGCCCUGGGGUCACGACGGGGCCCAGGCGCCCCCCGCUAGGAAGUGGACCGCGGGGGUCACGGACCUCGGGCUGGAGUCGCUACCCCCGCACCCCAAGCCCCCGGCCCCCACGCGCAGCCCCGCCCCCCCGAGAAUCUGCACAACGGCGACAUUUUUACGACCGUCCUCAUCUCGGGUUCAGCGUCUCAGUACCCCCCCCCCCCCCACCCACUUCAUCCCGCCGCUGGAAUGUUUCUAAGAGAUGAUUUUAAGUCUGACAGACGUGUACGUGGAUGCGUGCACACACCGAUUUUAUAUUUGCUACUGAUUCACGCGAAGCCACCCGAGAGGGGGUAGAGCCGUCGCCAUGCCCCCCUCACCCCUAUCACCCUCAAUCACUGCCCCCCCCCCCCCCCCCUGCGCCCAGCGACACGAGGUCUCGACUCCACGGCAACUGGGCGGGUGGUGGCAGCAGCACGAACCCGGCUCUCGGUCGCUCCUCCUUGCUCUGUCCCGCUCCCUCCCGCUCUACCCCCCCCCCCCACCCUCCCACGCUCAUAUCCUCUCUGAUAUUAAAACUUUUUGCGGUUGGAAAACAUAAUUGGAAAGAUUUUAAUUCAUGGGAGACGCUGUGGUCCGUUCUCCCCUCUCUCCCACCUCACCUCCCAUCUCUACCCAGUCCUCCCUCUCUCUCUCUCCCCAUCUCAACCCCUCCCCCCCCCCCCCUCCAAUCCCUCCCUCUCUCCCCAUCUCAACCCCUAUCCCCCCCCCCAUAUCCCUCUCUCUCAAUCUCAACCCCCCUGGUUCCCUCUCACAAUCUCUCUUCUGAUGUUGCCUCUCUCUCUCUUCCCCGCUCUCUCGCGCGCGGUCCCUCGGCACACUCCAUGGCAUCGCCCAUUUAGAGAUGCGAGUCGUCGCGUGAGUCGCCCCUCUGAUCGCCCCCCCCCCACUCGCCCCCCCCCCCCCCCACUCGCCCCGGCUCCUCACUGGCGCGCGCGGCCCGGACCCACGGACGAGCAGACGGGAGGGCAGCUCCACAAGUGCUCUUCAAAACGCUGCCACGGAGUCACGCGUACUCGUGUACCCCAAACGCACGGCCCGUGUACUCCAAACACACGGCCACUGAUACGCACACACACACGUACCUGUGUACACACAUGUACCCCAAACGCAACAGACCGGCACAUACCCGUGUUAUCAUGUAUACUUAACGCGUACACGUGUGCACACGGCCACGAGCUGACGUGUGCUGUCUCCGCCUACCCGUGUACCCACCCAGGUAUAGCCGCCCUAUAGCUGUGUACGCACAGACACCACCGCUACCACUAGUGCCCCCACGGGCACGUGGCCUCACAGCUCCCCCUCAUCUCCCCCACGAGAGCCCUGGGCUUGGGUACACGGACCACGUGCGUGGGGGGCAACCGACUCCGUGGGGUGGAGUGGGAAGGGUGGGGGGAUAGGGACCCCCUUUCUUUGGGAACCCACAGUGGAGAACCCCACUGGGACCCCGGUUGCCAGCGCCGGGGCGAGACCCGGGGUCUCUCCGGCUUCGAGAGGGUGGAGCGGAGCUCGGGGGUGGGUUAGGGGGUGAGGACGGGGGGUGAGGAGACGGUGGCUGUAGGUGGGUAUGAGGGCUAGGGGUGGGGGGAGGCAGACACCGGGGUGGCGAUGGGGGAUAAGAGUGGACGAAGGGGGGGGGAGGCUACAGGGUGUGCCCCCCACUCUCGUAGUGACCCCGCACGAGGCUGGGAAAGGCGCCCCCCCUUGCCCCCCGUGUCCUGUGUCACUGUGCUCCGCCUUAUUUAAGUGACGCAUCCCGCUCAUUAUUUAGUUUCCGUUGUUGUUGUUUAUGAUGAUGUCUCGUGAUUUUACAAAAAUCAAACAAACAAAGAGCAGAACAUAAACCACUCGAACGAUGCUCUCGCUCUG